AUGAUUGUUUCCCUCCAAGCUGUCUUUGCUAUUUCACGCUUCCAUAGGAAUUUACAGAACCUCCCACCACACAUCUUCACACAAUUUGAGAAAGCAAAAAUUGGGACAAAGGGUUUAGGAAACUUUGAGACGAAAAAAGGGUUUAAAAGAAUUUGUGCGGGCAAGAGUACAAUCGCACAAUAUCUUGUAGAACAUCAUGGCUUUACUCACCUUUACCUGCGACCAGAGCAAGGCAACAAGAACUCUCCUCGAAUCAUCAAUGGCGUCACAGCUGGAGAAGCAGAGAAUGUUGAAGAGAAUGGCAUAACUCUAAGACAGAGAUCAAAACCUCAAUCGCAAUCGCAAUCACAAUAUACUUUCACAAGCACCACAGACCUCCUCGACUUCGUAACCAAGCGCUGGCGCGAACGAUGGGUAACAACCAAUAUCUACACCGAGUCUAUCCUUGACGCCCUUCUCCGACGCCCCUUCUUUAUUCUCGUCAGCGUCGACGCCCCCGUCUCCAUCCGCUGGAAACGCUUCCAAGCACGUCCCAAUACACCCUCCACACCAAUCACUCUCGAAGAUUUCCUCUUCCGUUCCGAUCAGCAUCUAUACGAUCCCGAACACGGUCUACAAUCCCUCAUAUCCCGCGCUACCAUUCGUCUCCUCAAUACCUCCUCCGAUCUCGCCCACCUGUACGCUACACUCGGCAAACUCGAUUUAACAAACGAAGACCGUCUCCGACCAAGCUGGGAUCAAUACUUUAUGCAACUGGCUUCCCUCGCCGCCCAGCGCAGUAACUGUAUGAAGCGCCGCGUCGGUUGCGUUCUAGUCCGCGAAAAACGAGUCAUCUCAACCGGUUACAACGGCACACCCAGAGGUCUUCUUAACUGCGGAGAAGGAGGCUGUUCUCGCUGUAACGAAGGACAAGGCUCUGGAGUAGGACUCGGCACAUGUCUCUGUCUCCACGCAGAAGAAAACGCACUUCUCGAAGCUGGUCGAGAAAGAGUCCGCGAAAACGCCAUUUUAUAUUGCGAUACCUGUCCCUGUCUCACAUGCAGUAUCAAGAUUGUACAAGUCGGAAUUUCAGAAGUAGUUUACAGUCAAGGAUACAGCAUGGAUGCGGAAACGGCAGCAGUAUUUGGUCAGGCGGGAAUCAAAUUGAGGCAGUUUAUUCCGCCGGCAAAUGGUUUAAUCCAUCUAGAAAAACAGUCAUUAUAUUAGCAUUUUAAAGCGAUGAUACCCAGUUUUUAAAGGCCAAACGAAGGGUGAGAAAAGCAAAAGAGCAUUCACACACACGUACACAUAUUUUCAAUGUUUACACACAUACGUAGUAUGUGAAAGAUACCCCCCUCGAGAUAAUCUUCUUUCUCUUCCCUUUCUGCUCUCAAUCUUCUGGUCUUCCCUAUCUUACCCCGUACAGUAUCGACCAAAUAACCAUAAGUCUUGGACGAAUCGACUCCAAUUCCCAACUUCCAGCUUCUAAUUUCUAAUUUUUAAUCUCGAAGUAUACUAGCAGCACCAACAUCUCCAUCUCCUUGCCCCUCUUCAUUCUUUCCUCUAUUCCCAUCCAAUACAAAUGACAUUACACAAAGCAAAAUAAUACAUACAUACAUACAUACAUACAUCCAAGAAUAUUAUAUACAUCACACGAUCAAGCAAGUAAGGGAGCAAACAUAUAAUCAGGCACGCAUCAUUCAACAAUUCAAACAUAACCUUAACCCAGAAAUACCACCAAGAUUCCACGUCAUUCAUAACGUAUCAUUCAUAGUCAUAUUCAUAUCAAAUCAUAUUCAUAUCAAAUCAUAUUCAUAUCAAAUCAUAUU